AUGAUAUCAUCUGCUACUGGGGCAAGAAAGGCCCGUAUAAGGCCUCCCAGGAAGCUCACAUCUACGCAGUCUGAUUUCCAGAAGUCAUGGGAAGUGCUAUCCUCUGCUAUCAAGGAAAUCCAAGAGAAAAGAGCGUCCAACUUGUCAUUUGAGGAACUCUACAGAAGGGCCUAUAAUGCUGUUUUGAGGAAGCACGGCAAGCAACUAUAUGAAAACAUCAAAGCCGUUCUGUCCGAGCACCUAGAGAACGCGGUCUACCAAAAGCUCUCAUUGCUUAAAGGUGAACAAGGAGCUUCUCUGCUUAAAGCUGUGAAUUCUGAGUGGAAUGACUUCUUGCUUUGUAUGAGAAUGAUCUCGGAUGUUUUCAUGUAUUUGGACCGAGUUUACACCAAGGAGUCGUUCCUACCGCCGGUCUAUAACAUGGGCCUGAAUCUGUUUCGUGAUAAGAUUCUCAAAAACAACAACCACGCGAUUGGACAUCGACUGGUUGGAAUAGUGAACUUGGAGUUGAACAAGAGCAGACAGGGAGAGUUUAUAGAUCGAUACUUGAUCAAGUCCACCGUAUCCAUGUUUGAGUCUUUGGAGGACGAACCUAGAACGGAUACUGAAGGUUGGCGUGGCCAGUUCAGCGAGAACUACUAUUCCGUUGUGUGUGAACCAGCUCUUAUGGACUCGAGUAGAGUUUACUUCGAGAGACUUGCACAGGAACUGUUGUCCGAGAAGAACGGAUCUUUGUACUUGUCCAAAGCCAACCAGUUGAUGCGUGAGGAGGAGAAGAGGCUCAUUUUAUAUCUUCCAGAAGACACAUAUCCUAAACUAUGCGAGAUGAUGAUGAAUGCGCUCAUAUCCACGAAUCUGGAAACAGUCAUGGGAUUUGAGAAUGGUGGACUCAGAAGCUGGAUUUCUGAGAAUGAUUACAACUCCUUGAGUCUUCUGUACACUCUUUCGGGCAGUGCGGAUGCCAAUUAUGGUACUUUGAGGUUUAGUCUCAAGGAGAUGAUUAUCUCUGCCACCCCAGAGCUUGACGAAAAAGCCACCGAGUUUGUCGCAGAACUCCAAGCCAAGUCCACAAUCCCAGCGAAGCCGCAGCAGAAAAAGAAGCCCGGUAGUCUCAAGGAGAGCAGUACACAGUAUGCGAUAAAGUGGAUUGGCAGUUUGAUCGAGCUGAAGGACAAAUAUGAUAUCAUGCUUGAUGCUUCGUUUGAGAGAAACGUGUUGAUCAGCAAGACGGUGGACUCUGCUUUCAGUGAACUGGUCAACCUCAACCCUAAAGUGGCAGAGUAUUUGUCGCUAUUCGUGGAUGACGGCAUACGCAAGUCCUUCAAAGAGAAGAGCCACGACGAGUACGAAUCCAUUCUUGAUAAGUCCAUUGUGAUAUUCAGGUUCAUCAAGGAUAAGGAUCUGGUGGAGAAAUACUAUAAGAAUCAUCUGGCGAAACGCCUUCUUCAGCAGAAGUCGUUCUCCAGUGAUAUUGAGCGCAGCAUGAUCAGCAAGCUGAAAAAGGAGGUUGGCUAUUCGUUUACGUCGAAAUUAGAGGUGAUGUUUAGAGAUGUCAAGAUAUCACGGGAUACCUCUGCAGAAUUCGCAUCAAAGCUUGCUGCAUCAGAACAGCUAGUAGCGGAUUAUCCUUUCCUGAGAAAGCUGGAACUGGAGAUCAACGUUUUGACGGGAACCUUUUGGCCGAUGACGGUGAACAAAAACCUGGAUGUAAACUUUCCGUUGGAGCUGAGCUUGUUGAGGGAGCAAUUUGAGAAGUACUACGGUGAGAAACAUGCCGGCAGGAAGUUGAUUUGGGCACCUAACUCGGGAACUGUGGAUAUGCGCAUACGAUUCCCCAAAAAGACUUACGAGGUGAACAUGCCUGUUUACUCAGCAAUCAUCAUUCUUCUUUUGUUUUCGGAAGAUGACCAGAAGCAGUACACCUUCGAGGAGAUAAGAGAUAUUACAAAUAUACCUGAGAACGAUCUUGUUCGUCAGCUGCAAUCGAUAGCAGUUGCUUCGAGAUCGAGACUUUUGACUAAGACCCCUAUGACCAAGGACAUCCACCCUGGAGAUGUGUUCAGCGUGAAUGAGAAGUUCCGCUCGCCAAUGACGAAAAUCAAAGUUCUCACGGUGUCGUCGAGUACGAAGCUUGAAGAUGACCAGGAGAGGUCGCACACCAUGAAGAGCGUUGAUGCGGACCGCAAGAUCGAGGUAGACGCAGCAGUGGUUCGGAUAAUGAAAGCCCGUAAGACGCUGAAGCAUAAUGACCUUUUAGGAGAAAUCAUAAAGCAGCUGAGCAACAGGUUCAAGCCGUCACCAUCGCUGAUGAAGCAAAGAAUUGAGUCGUUGAUUGAUAACGAGUACUUGGAGCGUGAUGAAGAAGAUAGAACAGUGUAUCACUACUUGGCGUGA